AUGUUACCUUCCCGUAUUUUCAGAACGAUACUGCUCCCAAAUAGGCUACCGAUUCAACUAGCAUUGCAAAGAAUGCAGUCAACACCAUCUCAUCAAAUGGGUGAAUACGAAAGCAAAAUCUACGACAUACUAGAAAAGGAAUUCACCCCUGUCAACUUACAAGUUCAAGAUGUGCUGGGGGGGUGUGGGUCGAUGUUUGCGAUUCUUGUGGAAAGCUCCAAGUUUAAAGGGUUGCCCAUGAUUAAACAACAUAGAUUAGUCAAUGAUAUCCUAAAAGAUGAAAUCAAAAAAUGGCAUGGACUUCAACUUAAAACUAAAUCUGCAUGA